AUCACUUCAAUAAUAAUCAAUUGUUCUUCUCCAACUUUUACUCUUUAAACAAGAAAAUGAAACUUCUUGGUCUCUUCUUUCUUAGUUUUACUCUCUUGUUCCUUUGUCCGUUCAUAUCUCAAGCCGAUGUGCCUGAACGUAGCCGCGAGCCGCCUCGUCCCAUCGUCUUCGUCCAUAAUGACCGCUCCAAAUCUGAUCCGCAACAGGUGCAUAUAUCAUUAGCGGGUAAGGACCACAUGAGAGUAACAUUCAUAACGGAAGACAACAAGGUGGAGUCGGUGGUGGAAUACGGUAAACAACCAGGAAAGUACGACGGAAAAGCCACCGGAGAAUGCACUUCUUACAAAUACAUUUUCUACAAAUCCGGAAAAAUCCACCACGUCAAGAUUGGACCUCUCCAACCCAACACCACUUACUACUACCGUUGUGGCGGAAACGGCCCUGAAUUUUCUUUCAAGACCCCUCCGUCAACUUUUCCGGUCGAGUUCGCAAUCGUAGGCGACCUAGGCCAAACCGAAUGGACAGCAGCAACAUUAUCUCAGAUAAAGAGUCAAGACUACGACGUCUUUCUACUUCCUGGCGACCUCUCCUAUGCUGACACUAGCCAGCCACUUUGGGACUCCUUUGGUCGCCUGGUGGAGCCACUCGCGAGCCAUCGUCCUUGGAUGGUUACUGAAGGAAACCACGAGAUUGAGUUCUUCCCAAUCUUUGAACACACAACCUUCAAGUCAUACAAUGCCCGGUGGCUCAUGCCUCACACCGAGAGCCUCUCUGACUCCAACCUGUACUACUCUUUUGACGUAGCCGGUGUCCACACCGUUAUGCUUGGUUCUUACACCGACUUUGAUUCUGAUUCUGAUCAGUAUCAAUGGCUCCAGGCCGAUCUAGCACAGGUUGACCGUAAAACGACGCCGUGGGUGGUGGUGUUGCUGCACGCUCCGUGGUACAACACGAACGAGGCACAUGAAGGUGAAGGAGAGAGCAUGAGGGUAGCUAUGGAGUCUCUGCUCUUUAGUGCUCGAGUCGACGUCGUCUUUUCCGGCCAUGUUCAUGCCUACGAACGUUUCAAACGUGUAUAUAACAACAAGGCCGACCCAUGUGGGCCUAUAUACAUUACCAUCGGUGACGGAGGCAACCGAGAAGGCCUUGCUUUAUCGUUCAAGAAGCCUCCUUCACCUUUAUCGGAAUUUCGGGAAUCGAGUUUUGGACACGGGAGAUUGAAGGUUAUGGACGGGAAACGAGCACAUUGGUCAUGGCAUAGAAACAAUGACUCGAACUCACUUCUUGCUGAUGAAUUCUGGCUUGAGAGUCUUAGCACAUCAUCGUCAUGUUGGCCUUCGAGUCGUUCCAGUGAUGAGCUCUAAAUCAUCAUACCAAAAAACGUUUUAUACUUCUUUUGUUCAUUGGAUCGCUCGUAGAAUAGCAAGGAUCCACAAAUAUCAUUUUGUUACAAAUUUUACUAUUUUAGGCAUUUCUUUAUGUAUUUAAGAAUGUAUUGGGAGUUUCUAUUCAAGUACUGCGUGCAUUUGUUUUAGGAUCCAACAUGGUUUAAUUAGUUGUAGGACUUAUGAAUGUCUGUCUGAUACACACUUACUUAUUCGAUCAAUAAGAAUUUCUCUCACUC